AUGGAUUUGAAAUGUUUUCUUCAUUUGUUUCUGUUCAUUUAUUUAAAAAACCUCCUAUUUUAUUUUUGCUUUAAUUCAACAUUUGAAAAUAAUAACUUUAUUUUAAAAAAAAAAUAUUAUAUGAAAACUUUCAAUAAUUAUUUCAACAAAUUAUCAAAUUUUCAAUUAAGACUGAUAUUUAGAAAACAAAAAGAUCAAUCUAUGGUAAGAAGUAUUCCUAGUCAUGUAAGAAGAAGAAAUAAAAAGAAAAAAAAAAAAAAAAAAAAGAAAGAUGAAAAAGACGAAAAAAAAAAAGUAAAUAAAAAAUUAUUGAGAAGGAGGUUAUUGAAAUUUUAUAAAUUAAAAAAGAAAAACGAAGGUAUAGAAGAUAAUAUAUUUAGUGAAAAUAAAAAAUAUUCUAUAUUUGAUUAUAUUGAACAGAAACUGAAAUGUAAUCAAAAUUAUUCAGAUGAAAAUAAUAACUUUGAUAAUAGCAAAGAUAAAUUUGACGAAAAUGAAAAUUUCAAUUUUUUUACGAAGAAUAAAAAAGAGUAUAAUUUUCCUGAAUUGGAAAAUAAUAAAAUAGAAUAUGAACAAAAAAAUGAAAGUAAUUUGUCUAUAUAUGAAGAGAAUAUGAAUAGGAAAUUAGACAGAUACACGAGAGAUAAAGAUAAAAUAAGUGAAGAAAAAAUAGAUAAAAAGAAAAUAGAUGAAGAAAAAAUGAAUGAAACUGAAAAAAAUAAAGAUGAAGAAAAAAUAGAUAAAAAGAAAAUAGAUGAAGAAAAAAUGAAUGAAAAUGAAAAAAGUAAAGAUGAAGAAAAAAUAAAUGAAAAUGAAAAAAGCAAAGAUGAAAAGAAGGAUGGAACAAAUAGUCGAUUGCUUAUCAAAAAGAAAAAAAAAAAAUUAAAAAAACUAAAAAAAAAUAUGCAUAUAGGAAGAUAUCGUAGAAAAGUAUAUACAUACGAAAAAAAAAUUUCAGUCGAUGAUAUUCAUGAUUAUGUUUUAAAUAAUCAACUUAAAGACAAAUAUAUAUUAAAAAGAGAUUCAUUAAAAAAUGUAUUUGUAAAUACACCCCUUUUCAAUUUUUAUAAUUUCUAUAACUUUUUUCAAAUUGAUCAUAUAGAAAAAUACAAUAAAUCCAAAAUAUUAAAUUUAAUUUAUUAUUAUAUUUAUAAAUACAAAAACAAUAUUAAAAGUGAAGCAAAAUACGAUUGCUUAAAAACAGAUGAAGUUACGAAGAAAUAUGAAAGCAUAGCAGAUGAUAAAAGGAAAAUGAAUCAUUAUUUAGAGCAUUACAUCAACAUGAAUAAUAAUAAAUAUUUAUAUAUGAAUAUUGAUAAAGAUUAUACUUUAAAAAAAAAAAUAAAUGAUUCUUUUACAAUAAGUAAUAUAAAUAAAGUUGACUCCCUUCAUAUACAUAAUUACAAAGUAGUGUGGACAAUUAGAAAUGUUCAAGAGAAAUUAUUUUGGAGAUUUAGAGAAAUGGGAAAUAUUCCUUUGACUACUUCCUCAUUUUCCUUUGCAGGAAAAAAAUCAUUUAAAUUAAAAAUUUGGUUAGAUGGCCAUAAAUCAGCAAAAAAAGGUUAUGUCAGUGUAGGUUUAAAGCAGUUAGAACAUUAUGAUAUACUAGAUGAAUAUAUAUGUUUUUCACUUAAUGGAAUUACUAAAGGUCCCUUUACAUUUUUGUCAAAAGAAUAUUAUCAGAAUUCUUAUAAUUUUUGUAAAUUCGAUGAUUUAGAUUUAAAAAAUGAUGAAUUAGAAUUAAGUUUAUUCGUAUAUGACGGUAUUGUUUAA